GAAAUACGAAAGAUGAACGAGAAACAAUUUGUGUUUGAUUGGAAUGCUGAAAACACUUCACAAGAUUACAAUCCUUUUUGUAUACAACUAAACAUAAUGCUCAAAUAUUGGAUAUAUUGGUCUGAAAAACCAUUGAAAGAGAUGAAAAAAAGAGAUUGGUAUAUUUUCAAAGAAGAUUUUAAUAUAACAAAAGAAUGGAGAGAACAUAGAAAAGACAAAAUAAACUCUACACAAAAGCCUUUUAAACUUAAAACCAGCAACAGAAUGGGGUUUCCCCCCCUAGUUCCUAAGAAACGGAAACUUUUUAGCACAGAAACUAAUAAAAACAAGAAAACUAAGACACUAGAGCCUUCUUUAGAGAAACAACAAUCUCUAUUAGACAAAACAAACGGCCUACUUGCGAGCAAAGGACCUAUGGCUACAGAGGACAGCCAAGCUGCAACAACAAAUUUGUUACAACAAAGCUCUAUAGUUAAUGAUAGACCCAGCUGGGAUGAACAAGUUUCUCAAGAAAUCAAAACAAGAAUGAACAAUGAAAAACUACUUACAAAUGACAAAACUGACGUGUCUAGCCCUGAAACACAUUCAACAUUGCAAGAAAACCAGGUAAAUACAACAACGGAAACAACAAAUACAAAAAUACACGACACGUACCUUUCAGCAUCUAAGACUGUUACUACAAACA